GCACCAGUGGCAUUGAUAGUCGAAUACAAAAGAGUGGAAAUCUCCUUGGACGUUUUCGCAAUUGUAAUUGUUGUCGAAAGUAUUCGAUAAUCGGUCAGCAUUUGAUAAUCUAGUAACAUGAAUAAGAAGAUAGGAUUCAUCGGAUUCGUCCCAAGAAAUCAUGGAAUUCGCAAGGGUUUCCCUGUCAAAAUUGCCUUCUUCCAUCAGUCGCAUCAUUAUCAAAUUGCUCAGAUAAUCGCAGAACAUGAGAGGUGGGUGGGGUAUGAACCGAAUACCCGGGCUAUAUCGGUGAUGUUGGAUACGGACUCAGACGUGAUUUUAGAGACGAGUUCGAGGAAAGGUGUAACACAAAAGAGGGUAAUUACAAAGGUUGAGAUGAAAUGCCUAAUGCAUUAUAUCGUCUUCUUUCUGAAAGACUAUGAUAUAAAAAACAACCAAGUUAUCCAGGAAAUGAAUAUCAACAUUCUUCAAGACAAUAGGCUUAUUAGCACUAUACUGAUCAAGGAAGUUUUCUGCAUCGUGAGAGGACGAGGCACUGUCCAAGUCGAUUUUGAGGAACCUACGGCGUAUCAAACAAUUGGGAAGGAAGGUAUUUCGUAUGGCCUUUACGAAAAUAGGCAAAUGGGGAUCUCUAUCGAAGUUCGUCUGACCGAUCCAUCGGAAGACCACGGCAUCAAGAUUGGCAUCUCAUCAGCCGACCUCAUGGAAGGAGUUUCCGAAACAGAUGAUGUAGCAAUUUGUCCAACUGUCAACGUCGGUGGAAACUUCGAAGGAAGCCCGGUUGAGAUGAUUUUGAGCCACUGUGCAGAGCUUUCGCAGGCUGCUCUUGAAGGGAAAGGAAAGGUGGUUGUUUAUCACAAGUCAGAGAAAGGUUCUGAUCACACCGAAGGGGGAGGAGGCGUUUCUCGUCGGGAACUGUCUCCUUCCGAAUGCACCAUCACGAAAGACAAGCUGCUUUUCAACUUGGACAAACCCGGAUUGUACACAGCCUCGAUGAAGGAUGACAUGUGUGUAGGAAAAAGAGUGGCCAUGCUAGCUUUUCUGCCAAGCGAGAUGCCGAAAAACAGGAGACCCAUUAUUCAUUUGCAGUUCUAUUUCCCCUUUGGUGAACUAGGACAGCGACUUUGUGAUGAAUGGAAGGCCAAAGAUUGUGUAUGCGUCAAAGAUGAAACUACAUUCAUUCUAAAACAGAUUGGCCAAGAUGCGAAAGUGGAAUUCGAGACGAAAUUUACCCAGGAGCUUUCAUCGAUACUUGAGACUAAAACUCUCGAGAUAAUUUCAUACGAGUGCCUUGAUUUUGAGCUUGAUUACUCCAGAUUAAAAACAAAUGAUGUGGAUGCUACAGUACGCAUUAUCCAAGGCGAGUGCAGAGCUGAGAUUGAAAUUCAGGGUACCUUGACAGAUGAUAUGCAACAGAGCAGUGCCUGCGUAGACAUACCCAUCGCGUAUCUGACCAUUGCAACGCGGAUGAUGUGCUUGCGCCCAUGA